AUGACCUGGACAUUAUUGGCCGCAGGAUUCUGCUUCUACAUUCCCGAAUCCAGCAAGGCACAUGUCGGCAUGAUUGCAUGCUUUGUCUACGUGUUUACAGUCCUUUACUCGGUUGGUCAGGGCCCCAUUGCGUUCGUGUACUCAGCAGAAGUUUUUCUAUUAUCACAUCGAGAGAUCGGCAAUAGCUGGGCGGUUUCCGCGACAUUCGCGUUGUCGUCGGCUCUAUCGCUGACGUUUCCGUUGAUGCUGAACAAGUUCAAUCCAACAGGCGCCUUUGGUUUCUAUGCUGGUAUGAACAUGGUUGUAUUCGUCUCGAUGUUCCUCUUUGUCCCUGACACUAGCGGCUACACUUUGGAAGAACUUGACCACGUUUUUGCCGUGACUUCGAGACAGUUCAUCACUUAUCAGGUGACGAAGGUACUACCAUGGGCGGUGAGACGAUGCCUUUUCAAGCGUAGGGAGUGUCCAGAGCCACUAUACCAGCUUGAGCCCAGUAGACAAUAG